CAAACAGCCCUUGUUAGUAAACCCAGGAAGAAAGGAGGAAAAGGUGAUCUGGCAUCAGCUGGAUUUAACAUUAUAAACUCUAUCAUAGGAUCAGGAAUAAUAGGAUUGCCAUAUUCAAUGAAGGAAGCUGGUUUUCCACUGGGAGUACUGCUUUUAUUUGGGGUUGCCUAUAUCACAGAUUAUUCCAUUAUAUUACUGAUCAAAGGGGGAAACCUCUCCAGUGCCAACACCUAUCAAGACCUGGUCAGAAAAACAUAUGGGCUUGUAGGUUAUCUAAUUCUUUCAACUCUUCAAUUUUUAUAUCCAUUUAUUGCUAUGAUCAGUUACAACAUAAUAACAGGAGACACUUUAACUAAAGUUUUUCAGAGAAUUCCUGGAGUUGGACCAGAUAACGUGCUUACCGACCGUCACUUCAUAAUCCUUCUUACCACCAUCAUCUUUACCUUGCCUAUAUCUUUAUAUCGAGACAUAGCAAAACUAGGAAAGGUAUCUCUUAUUUCUCUGAUUUUAACCAUUGUCAUCCUGAUUAUUGUGAUGGUGAGAACAGUAACAUUCAGUCCGCAAGUACCCAAAUCAGAAAAUGCAUGGAUGUUUGCAAAAUCAAAUGCAGUACAAGCUGUUGGGGUGAUGUCAUUUGCGUUCAUCUGCAACCAUAACAGCUUUUUAGUAUACGGGUCUCUGGAAGAACCCACAUUAAAGAACUGGUCUCGAGUCACACAUGUGUCUGUUUCAUUUGCUGUUAUUAUCAGUGUAGUGUUCGCUGCAUGUGGAUAUAUGACUUUUACAGGAUACACAGAAGGAGAUCUAUUUGAAAACUACUGUAGAGAUGACAGUCUUGCUACAUUUGGAAGAUUUUGUUAUGGAGUUACUGUAAUUCUGACCUUCCCCCUUGAAUGUUUUGUGACCAGAGAGGUGAUUGCCAAUGUGUUUUUCCAUGGGAACCUCUCCACAGUUUUCCAUAUUGUUGUGACAGUAGUUAUCAUUGCUGUGGCGACUGGUGUAUCAUUAGUAUACGAUUGCCUUGGAAUAGUUUUAGAGCUCAAUGGAGUUCUGAGUGCUACCCCACUUGUUUUUAUCAUCCCAACAGCGUGUUACCUAAGGUUGUCCAAAGAGCGAUGGAACCAUUCAGAUAACCUCAUAUCCUGCCUGAUUCUUGCUGUCGGUGUGCUAGUGAUGACAGUUGGGUUUGUUUUGACUAUAUUGCAUCCCCAGGAAUGUAGCCAUGGAAAAGAAAUGUUCUACUGUUUCCCUAGUAAUAUUUCUUCUCACAACAGUACACUGCCACCAUAG